AUGGGAUUGAUCAAUGUGCAAACCAUCGUCGCUUGUACCGGCGCGAUAUUGGCAUUUUGCCUCAUUGUCAUAAGGAACUCGUCUGGGCUGGUCACCUACUACAUUAUCUACGGGUUUUCCGCUGGCGCCUUCAUGGGCUUACCGGCCGCCGGCGUAGUGAACCUCUCAGCAGACGAGAGCAAGAUUGGUGCCCGGCUGGGGAUGUCCUUGGCCGUUGUGGGAUGCGGUGUCCUCGUGAGUAACCCCAUUGCAGGGGCUAUUCUGGGCGGCAGAGGCGGCUGGGUUGGGCUUAUUGUGUGGUGUGGCGCGUUGCUUAUGGCUUCGUUUAUUAGCAUGGCUGCGACGCGAAUUGCUGUGGAUUUGAAGCUAUUUAAGCACAUCAUUCAAGAAGGGCAUGUCACAUCGGCCAGGUUGGUGGAGCUAUCUGGAGCUAUUCUACGUCCUCUGGCAGCAGCAGUGCAUUUAGUUGAAGAAGUCGAUUCAAGAACAUGGAAAGCGACACGGGUCACAGAAGCCAUGACGACCGAAGAAGAAAUUACAGCUGGCCAUCGAAUGAUACCACUUUCGAAUGAAUUGUUUCUUCUCCAUCCUUGCGCAGAGACUUCAAUAUGUUCAUGGCCAACACAAUGGGUGCGCGGAAGUACUGGGUUGAUUGGCAGAGCAGAGCCAGAUUCUGGACGGCACAGCUACAGACAGGGCCCUAAUUGUGGAUGUGCAAGGGUCUACUUCUAUCACCACAUCCUCCACGACUGGUCAGAUUCUUACUGCCUCGAGAUUCUUGAAAAUGCCACAGCGGCAGUGACACCAGGCUACUCGAAGCUCCUUAUACAUGAGAUGGUUGUGCCGGGAACAAGAGGCAUCGCAGUUCCAGGCACAAUUAGAUAUGACAAUGAUGGCUUUCAACUCCGGCAUGGAGCGCACGGCACAGCAGUGACGUGAACUGUUGGAGAAGGCUGGGCUUACGGUGGUUAAGUUGUGCGACCCGAUCGAUGAGGGUGGUGAUGGAAUCGUUGAGGCGAUGAAGAUAUAGAUAUUGGAUCUUACGCAUGAAUGUUAGCCUGUUUCCCAUAAGGGACUAAGCUGGGAUCAAUGAAGUCUGAUGCGCGGCCUGAGAUUGUGCUUUAAAUCUCCUGAGGAGCAUAGCAAUGUUUUCCUCCGGAUAUCCUCUGGUAUCAAAAUAACAUAACGGUCGACGAUGGAUGGUAUAGUUAAACCCGGACGCUUACCUCCUACCCCAUACCCCGUAGACCUUGUGACCGACGACCAGCUGAAUUGUUUCCGGCAACUUAACUCGCAAUUGCUCGGUGAAUUUUAGUUACUGUCAACAUAUCCAUCUUGACGGGAUAUCGGCUCAAAAAGCGGUGUGCCAUCGAUUGCCCUUCCGUCGUCAGCGAAGCCAAUCGAAAAAUCGACUCAAAAUGAACUAAAUGGAAAUGUACAAUCACCAGCUGUUCCGAACCGAUGGUUUUUCCUAGCUACCAUAUCGAACUCCCCUCCAAUCGAGCUCGAUAUUCCAGAACCAAACCUGCUAAUAAAAGGACGGAUCGGUAGUUUGCACGCAUGCAUGCAGGUCAACCUUGUCCCAUUCGUUUCUGUGCUGAAUUUGAAUUCUUUCGAGUAUCCGUACCCCGUUUUUUUUCCUUUGCUUUCCCUCGCUGGUAUUCAGUAUAUUUAGCUAUUUAGCUUGGUGCAAAAAUCUCCCCGAGGUAGGAAAUCAGAUCAGAGUUUUCACCCUCGCGAAAAGCUGUGGCAUUUUUGUCAACAUUAUUUCCAUAUAUCCUGGAAGUUAUUAUGUACAUACCUAUUAGUUACAUACAUCCCCAUGCGAACCAGCAGCGAAAGGAAGAAGAAUAAAGAAGAAGAAAAGAAAAGGAAAUGAGAAAAAAUAAAAGGGUCAGAAGGCUCCUGAACUCCGCAGCCAGAUCUCAUUCAAAUGAUAGACAUGAUAAAAGCAUCUUACCCCACACAAUCCAUUACGCCGUGACGUCGUCCCCCGCUGCCUAAGACAAACUAAAAAAAAAAUAUAAAAAGACUUGAAACGAAAGACCUAAGCCUGACUUAACCAACCGCACUUUCACCUUCACUCAGCCUUAUCCAACCGCGCCCGCCGAAUGCCUCGCACUCCUCCUCCUCCCCUGCCCCUGUCCACUACCACUAUUACCAGCGGCACCUGCACCGCCCCUGCCCCUUGCCCUCCUACUCCCCCUCCUACCACCAUCGCUACCACCCACAGCAGCCACAGCAGCCACAGCAGCCGAUGGAGACGCAGUGACGGAUCCAGGCAAAGCGACCGACCCAUACCCCUCAUCCCCAGCGCCUUGAUUCCGCCAUCCGCCAUCGACUUCCAGAAUAUCAACUACGGGCAGGCGUGAUUCGAUUGGUAAAGGAUAGGUUGAGCCUGUCGUCAUGGUUGCAGCUGGAAGGGGGAAUUGAGUAUGCGUAGGAUCUGUGGAUGUGGCUGCUUUUCCCUUGCCCUUGGCUUUACUAGCGGCAGCCUGAGAUGUAGACGACGUCUUUUUAGGUCCUAGGAUUUUCUCCUGCAGGGCGAAGGCGUGUACGUAGUUUUGUGGCAUGCUGAGGCCUAUGUAAUGGUGUUGGAAGCGGCGGCGGGUUUCGGGGAUUGUCUUUUCGGUUUAAAAACGGACGGCACAAAGGUUCCAAGGUUAGCAUAGCAAGAUUUUUUAUGUUGUUGCAUAUUGCACCAAUAACAUAACGUAUUGUAGAGAUAAUUCCAUAAGAAUAUUUGUAAAUCCCAUCGUAUCCAGCCAAGUAUGUAAACCCGCAAAUGGGCAAGACAGAACAAUACGAACCUCAUAAUUGGCCACGGCAUGGUUCAAUAACAGCUCCUGGUCUGUCAACACGCUGAGAGCAGCAUGGCGACGUUCGCG